AAUUUCUUUUCUGUGCUUACUGUAGCGUCAGAGGUAGGGUUAUGGGGAAAGCGUUGAUGAUCGCGGUGGAUGACUCUGAAUCGAGUGCCUAUGCUGUCAAGUUCACCCUGGAGAACUUGGCUUCAAGCGACGAUGCGAUCACUCUAGUUCAUGUUCGCUCGGAGGUAGAUGUUGAGGGAUUUUAUGGAACACCGGAUUGGGUUGCCGAAAUGGAUCAGAAGUUUGAAGAGCGAGCUCGUGGUAUUCUGUCCCGCAUGAAGGAAAUUGUGGAUGGGCAUAAGAUACCUUGCAUGAUUGUAUCCAAGAAAGGGGAUGCCCGAGAAAAGCUGCUAGAAGCUGUCAACGAGUUCCCUCCAACAAUGUUAAUACUGGGAAGCCGAGGCCUCGGAAUGGUGAAAAGGACGUUCCUGGGNAGCGUGAGUGACUAUGCUGCACAGCAUGCUGAAUGCCCUGUGCUUAUUGUCAAGCUUCCACACCCGUAAGAUUUUAUGUGUUUCAAAUGCCUUUUUUCUCUUUUUCUUUUGAGGGACCUAUAAGCGGUGCGUUCUUCAGUCCGCACUUUCUUAAGUUUACCCUCAGAAAGCAAAUCGAUUCGCUUGUUCAGGACCAAAAUUCUGUGUUUAUGGAUCCUCAAAGCGACACUUGGACAGUUUCUAGAGCUUUUUUCAAACAAUAGUUUGCUGAUAAUCGGUGCUAAUCGUUGGCACAAGUUUAUUCCUUCUUUUACUUAAGUUGUAGUAUAGUGUGACGCGGACAACUAUCCCCCGCUUGUCAGGAAAGUGUGAUCGGGAACAUUGUAGCUCAACGUGCUUAAUUCGUUCAAUUGCUCAUUUGGAUUGCAAUA